AUGGCGGCGGCGUCGGUGACAGGGGGAACGGCAGCGACAGCAGCAGCUGCGGCGUCCCCGGUCGCCGCGUUGGCGCCCGGUACGUUAGACGGACGCAGCAGCGAUGGCGGCGGCGUCGGUGACAGGGGGAACGGCAGCGACAGCAGCAGCUGCGGCGUCCCCGGUCGCCGCGUUGGCGUCGGGUAUCCAGACGGCUGCAGCGGCGGCGGUAGCGACAUCGGUGACGGGGUGGACGGCAGUGCGACAGCAGCAGCGGCGUCCCCGGUCGCUGCGUUGGCGUUGGGCCGGACGGCCGCAAGGGCGGCGGCGGCGGCACCGGUGACGGAGGUAUGUGACGAAGAGUUGGAGGAAGCGGUUGGUGCGACAACGACACCGUUGCCAGUCCUGGAGGAGCUCGAUAGCCAAUGUGCUGGGGUGGACAUGAGCAACAGCAGCAGCAGCUGCAGCAGCAGCAGCAGUAGCAGCAGCUGCAGCAGCGAGGACAGCGGCGGCGAUGGGAGCUGGGGCGAGGGGUUGGAUGACAUCUGGACGGCGGCGAUGGGAGCGGGGAUGAGGGGCUGGAUGAAACCUGGAGUGGAGCCCCGACGCACCCUUUCGACCCCGGUAAGACAUCUUCGCGUGGCGCGAGGAGACAGGGGGCGGUACCAGGGGUUGCGUACCCCUUCAAUAGGGGCAGGAACGGGAGUGGCAGCUCCGGCGGCGGCAACGGCGGCAGCCGCAGCAGCGACGAGAGUGGCGGCUUCUGCCAGAGCUCCGGCGGCGACAUCGGCGGCAGCAGGAGCAGCGACGAGAGUGGUAGCUUCGGCCAGAGCUCCGAUGGCAGCCGCAGACGGCAGCGGCGGCUUCGGCCAGAACCUCGUCGGCGGCAGCGGCGACAACGGCGGCGGUGGUAGAGGCGGCAGCAGCGACGUCACCGGCAGCCGUAUUGGCGCUGGAACUCAUGACGGUCGUGGCGGCGGGUGAACGGCAACGGCGGCGAUGGC